AACAGGCGGUUACGAGAAGAUAAUAAUGAUGUUACUGUGCCUUGCAGCUGUCCUUGUAUGUCUGACAUCGCCCCCAACUCUCGCGAGAAGUCCGCGGGAUGCUGCCAAAGGAUGCACAGCACCAUACGCACUACCUAAUCUCCCCUUUUUUCGUCGUUUGGAAUGUCCCUUCUGGAGGGUGCGAAGCGCACGGGAUUAACCUAAACUUGACAACUUAUCGAAUCGUAACGAACAAGAAUGAUCAAUUCAUGGGAGAAAAUAUGGUUAUAUUUUACGGAUUUGGAGACUGGCCUUCCCUUCAGACGCCCUCAAAUGGGGGUAUCCCACAGGAAGGAAACCUACCCGAACACUUCCGGAAGGCGGCAGCUGUGACGAACCAGAUCAUCCCCGACCCAAACUAUUCCGGAUUGGCGGUCAUCGACUUCGAAUCCUGGAGACCACAUCUACCGCUGAAUUUCGGCAGUUUAGGAAUGUAUAAGACAAAGUCAGUGGAGCUGGUCAAGAAACAACAUCCCACCUGGACAAACACGACACAGAUAAUGGAGGAAGCAACACGACAGUUCGACAUCGCCGCCAGGAACUUCCUGCAAGGAUCUCUUCAGCUGGGCAAGCAACUCCGUCCGAACGCCCACUGGGGUUACUAUGGUUACCCGCGAUGCUGGGGGUCGUCAACAACCAAUGAGUGCUCAGCCCCUGGGACACAGACUACCAAUGAUAAAUACAUGGGGUGGCUGUUCUCAACCAACACAGGCCUGUUUCCCAGGAUUUACACCAAUCGGAACACACCAAUGCACAGCCGUUACCUGUACGUCAGACAGACAGUGAACGAGACGCUCCGAGUGCAGGCGAAAUGGUCGGGGCUCAACACUCCCAUCAUGCCGUACACUCUGAGUCAAGACAACGGAACAGACUUCUUCCAGAAGGAUGACCUCAAGGUCGCCAUCGAGGAACCUGCCGCUAUGGGGGCUUCUGGCGUCGUCGUCUGGGGUAGUCAUAGUUUCUUCAAGACGAAGGAUGAAUGCCGUAUGAUGCAGAACGACAUCAACAACGUCCUAGGUCCCUUCGUCAAGAACCUCACCGACUUCACACAAGCAUGUGCCAACGAGCUGUGCAACAACCACGGCCGUUGUAUCAGGAAGGACUUUGAGGCCACCACACAGAACUUCCUCCGUCUGUACCAGAAGGAGGCUUGUGUGAGGCCGAGGGAGGAGUAUGAGGACACGAGGGACAAGAGGCGGGGGGUUGUUCGGGGACAGGUACCCCAGACUGAAGAAGUAUGAGUAUUAUGUGUGUAGAUGUCUGCCCGGAUGGUCAGGUGAAUAUUGUAACAAGUCAUAGGGUGGUUGUAAUUCGAGAUAGGUACGCACAACACUUGGGGGGCUGUGAAAUGCACUGUGCCAGCUUGGUCUGCUGGAAACAUUGUGGUCAACAUUGUAAUUACUGCAGAUGUUUGUAUUGCUCCUAAUGUGAUAUUCUAAUACUCUUGGCCUGUACAGUUGAGGGACAUGUGUCUUUUGCAUAUUUCCUUCUUCCUAUUUUUUUUCUGUCAUUUCAUUAAUGUACAAUUCCGUGACACACAAUGCAUAUCUGUGGAAGCCAUGAUCUUAGUGAAAGAUUUUGAAAGCAGCGUUCAACCUCUUAUCUGUGUGUAACGCAUGAAAUGCAAAAUGGUUUUAAACUCCACCAUUUUUAGAUGGAGAAUUCCAGUAUUCUGAAAACACCACAUCUGUUCAGGGUAUGUGUUCAAUAUUUCACAAGGAAAAUAUGCUCUUAUUAAAAGAGACUCCGUGCAAAAGGUUGAUGCUCAAAGCGCCAACAUUAUUACUGCGAUAGAUGGUGAUAUUGUCACACCAACACAGACACGUGCUGAAGUACAGUGUGCAGUAACAUUCCAUUAUCAGAGUUUUGAAAUUGUAAAUGGCAAUAGGUUUUCGACUGUUUGAAACUGGAUCCAUUUGUGAUUGAUCUGACACUUAUUACGAACAUCUGUGAUAUACAUUCCCAUCACAUUAUCAGCGUAACAUUCACGGAAUCGAGCGGCGGUAGCUGACAGACUCAACUCGGUCGCCCCUCAUACAGACGUGUCCAGGCGUCAGUGUAGUUAUCAAAUGAGUGCGCUUGUUGUAACAUUGUUACCAAACAGAUAUAGUUUGGAUAGUGUACACGUAGGAGUUGUACGCUUCACAUUGUAUUCACAUCUUUUAACACAGGCAUAUUUUUAGAUUGAUUUUUGCAUAUACUUAUUGCACAACAUGUGAAUAUGAUUUUACAUGAAAUAUCAAAACCAUAAUAUUGUUUAUCUGUUUUAUAAUACUAAAGUUAUUUCAUUGAUCACGCCUUGUGUGGCUGACAUACGGAUCUCUUUCCAUAUUCCCUGCUGGGUGCUUUGGGUGCAAUUUAUGUAUGUAAAAUCGCUUUAUACAAUGCAUUUACUUAAUACAAUA